AUUUUGUUUUGCCUUUCAGCCUGUGCGAAGAAAAUUAUGGCUAUUUAUUGGGAUAAUUUGAUUAUUCUUGAGGAUUAUAUCCUGAACAUUACAGUAUUUACUUAAAAACUCGAACGAAAUAAGAGGAGAUAAUGGAAGACCCCACUUUUAGUGAUAAAAUAGAAGAGUACCUUUCGGAGCUCGGGCGAUGGAAAGUGUGGCGUAGCAUUCUUUUGGGUCAAGUUUUGUCAUUGUUGCUAAGUGGAAAAUGUAUAUUAACCACUUUAUUGCAAAGUGCUACUUGGCAGUUUCCCACAACUGGGCAGCUCGUGGUCCCGUACCUAGCACUGUUUAUAUUGUUCACUCCAUCCCUGCUCUGUAAUGGGCUCAAGAGCUUGUCCAAAAAAUGGUGGGUAGUUAUAAUAGCAUGCACCCUAGAUGUGACAGCAAGUUGGCUGUUGGUAAUGUCACAGCGCUUUACAUCAGUGCUGAGCUGACAGCUGCUAGCCUGCAGUGGAGUGGGGGCUGCAUUAGUGGGGGGAGCCUGGCGGGGACAGAGACUCGGAGUAGUCCAUGUUGCGGGUGCCACUAUGGGCCUGAUGGCAGUGGUCUGUGUUGUCUGGGCUGAUGUGGAAGGAGCUCCUACUGAUGGCAAAAACCAGCUUGUCGGCGACAUGCUUUGCUUGGCAGGGUCCCUCCUUUACGCCAUGGUCACAGUACUGCAAGAGAUGAUGCUAGACACACUGUCUUGCUCAGACUAUCUAGCUUUCUUAGGUCUCUUAGGCAGUAUAGUAUCCUGUACCCAAACAUUUUUCCUAGAAUUUGGUGAACUAAUGGAAUUCAACUGGUAUGAUUUGGACACUAUAGUCCAACUUGGCAGUUAUUGCUCUGUGCAGACAAUAUUCCAGAUAUUACAAUGUUUUAUGCUGAGAGAUGCUGGCUCUAUUAUACUGCAUUUGUCAUUCUUGUCUGCUGAUUAUUAUACUCUCAUAGCUGGGAUGUACAUAUUCCAAUUUAAGUUCCACGCUCUCUAUUUCUUAUCGUACAUGCUUGCGAUGGUCGGCGUGUUUCUCUUCAGCUCUCGACCGACGCGGCAACCACCUCCGCAACCCGACAGACUGCCCCAACUAGUCAACGACUCUGUACAGGCACAGGAUAAUGUAUCUAUGGAAUAUACAGUCCCUACUUUGGACUGUAUACCUAUCGAAGGUUUGGAGCCGCCAAUGAGCAGAGACACGACGUUCACAUCAUUCCUAGGAGGCCCACAAACAGCUCCUAAUGGCACCGUUACCUUCGCGCAGACCAAUGGAGCUCAAAACUCAAAGGAGGCCUGUUAAUGUAAGUUAAUGGCGUAGGAAACCUUCAGCUGGAGAUGAAAAACCAUAUACUAAAAAAAAACAAAAGAAAACCAAGUAUAAAUAAAUGAAA